AUGGCUCGAUUUUCACCAAAUGGCGAGCAGCAGCCUCCCAUUAGUCGGGAGGACGGCAGGUCCAGCGCAGAAGACAUGGUCUAUCCCACGGGUCUCAAGCUUGCCCUAUUGUUGAUGUCUAUUUUUGUCGGCAUGUUCCUAGUUUCUCUGGACCGCCUCAUUGUCUCUACCGCCAUUCCCCAGAUCACUAAUGAGUUUAACUCAGCGAAAGAUAUUGGCUGGUAUGGCACAGCGUACUUGCUCACCAAUUGUGCCUUCCAGCUAGUUUUCGGAAAGAUAUACACCGUCUUCAACGUCAAACCCAUCUUUUUAAUAUCUAUCGUUCUGUUCGAAGCUGGUUCGGCCCUCUGCGGCGCCGCCCCAAACUCGGUCACUUUCAUACUAGGAAGGGCCAUCGCCGGCCUGGGAGGGGGAGGUAUUCUCUCUGGUGUUAUCGUCGUCAUUGUCUAUGCUGUUCCGCUGCAUAAACGGCCGAAGUACCAAGGCAUCUUUGGUGCUGUAUUUGCUAUCUCUUCGGUAACCGGCCCUCUAGUCGGCGGUGCCUUCACUACAAAUGUUACCUGGAGGUGGUGCUUUUAUAUCAACCUCCCCUUGGGAGGCGUGGUUCUAGUGCUUGUUUCCCUCUUGCUCCAAGUACCUGACCGUCCGGGCCUCAGGAUACCUUUGAAAGACAAGCUGCGGCAGCUCAAUAUCUUAGGCCUGCUUGCCCUCCUUCCAGGAGUUAUAUGCCUGUGUUUGGCUUUGCAAUGGGGCGGUACCACAUACACUUGGAGUGAGGCGCGCAUUAUAGCGCUACUUGUACUUGCUUUUGUGCUUCUGAUUGUCUUUUUCCUGAUCCAAAUCUGGAAGCCAGAGCAGGCCAUACUACCACCGCGCAUCUUCGCCCAGCGCAGCAUCGCAUCCGGAUUCUGCACGAGCUCCUGCCUCGGCGCGCACAUGAAUCUCUUCGUAUACUAUCUUCCGAUAUGGUUUCAGGCCAUUAAAGGUGUCUCGGCCGUCGACAGCGGCAUCCACCUGCUUCCCAUGUUAAUACCCGUAGUUGCGGCAUCCAUAAUCACCGGCCAACUAGUCUCCCUCAUCGGCUUCUACACGCCCUUCAUGAUAUUCGGCGUAUGCCUCACAGCAAUCGGCACCGGGUUACUCACUACCCUCGGAAUAAACACCUCAGAGGGCAAAUGGAUCGGGUUCCAGAUCAUAUACGGCUUCGGUAUCGGGUGCUGCUCCCAGGCACCCAACCUGGCCGCACAGACGGUGCUAGCGCGCAAGGAUGUGGCCAUCGGCGCAUCUCUCAUGUUCUUCGGUCAGCAGCUCUUCGGCUCUGUUUUCGCCUCGGUUGGCCAGAAUGUACUCUUCAACCAGUUAGCACACCGUCUCGCAGAUAUACCGGGCAUCAGUCCACGGCUAAUCCAGAGUACGGGCGCCACCGAGUUCCUUAAUCGCGUCCCAGCUGAGGACCUUGUCAUAGCUCGGGAGGCCUAUAACGACUCCUUGCGCACAUGUUUUCAGGUCGGUGUCAUUAUGGCCUGUCUUUCGGUGUUGGGCGCUUUUGGCAUGGAGUGGUGCAGCGUGAAGCAGAACCUUCCAGCUAAAGAAAGAGAUGGUCAGCAGGCUUCUGAGGAGGGCAAACUGAGCAGAGGACUAAAGGAGACUCUGGGGGUGAAAAUGUGA